AUGAGUGUUUCCAUAAUUUUCAUCAUAGUUACCUUAAUUGAUACUUCGAAUACUUAAUGGACAUCCCGAUACUCUAAUUUAUAUAGAGAUGUAAAGUUUACUGAAUUAAAUUCAGCGGAUUACUUAAUAUUUUAGGAUAAAUCAGCAAAUUUUAUAACUUGCACCACACCACCAAUAAGCUAUUUUACUCUCAAUAGUACAUAUCCAUCAGCUUACGAUUAUAUAGCAUCUUAUAAUAAUAAUACAUUUUUUUCAGUGGAUUUAUAUUUUCAAGGUACAUGGACAUCUCAAAUUGUUAAUAUUACGGUAUACUAAUUUUCAUACCUAUAUAAUUACACUUCCCCUACAAAUUACUCUAUGCAAACUGGAUUUUGUGAUGACAUUGCUUAUGAAGUUAGAACCAUUAAUUUUCUAAUUCAACAAAAUAUAACUCAAGAUUAUCUCAACUUUAAAUCAUUAAAUACAAAUGAUGGAUAAGUUUCAAUUAGAAAUAUUUAUAUUUCAUAACUUGUAUGUUACCCAUCAUGUAAAUAAUGCACCGGGCCAAAAUCAAAUCAAUGUACAAGCUGUUAUUAUGGAUUACCUACAAACAAUAUUUGUCCACCUUGUCCAUCAAAUUAAUAUUAUGAGAAAUUUUUUGGAUGUAGAGAUAUUUGUAGUAUAUAUAGUCCAUUAUACUCUAAUGGAUUUUGUUAAUCCUUUCCAAGUAUUUAAUUUUAAAAUAUCAUAGGUUAUUCAUAGAGUUUUAUUAGUGAGUAUAAUACUUAAUUUUUGUUUAAUAUAUAUGACCCUUUAUAUGUAGAUACAUCUCCAAAUUUAAUUAGUUAUUAUUAUAAUAUUUACGGAGUUUUCAAGUUUAAUUCUGGUAUCUCUAGAUUUAUUUAAACUUUAUUCGCCUAUUCCAAUUCUUUAUACUAAUGUGGAUUUAAUAUUAGAAUAACAACUUUUAAUGAUAUUCCACUUGAUUGUGGUAUUUAGUUUUUGAUUAAUAAUACUUAUAUUGGCUCAAUUUAUAGAAAUGGCUCAGGGAUUUAAACACAUAAAAUGAAAAUUUAUUCAAUUACAAGCUAGAGCACAUAUUUAAAUUAUACUUUAAAUAAGUAUUACUCUUUAAUUACAUACGUUGACCUUCCUAAAUCUCCUUUUAUUUUUUCAGCAAAAGGAAAUUAUUCGUAAUAGAUUAAUUUUAUUAAAUUAGUGAUAACACUGCUGGUUGGGGAUUUUCAUAUCUCACAAUUACUUCAGGAUAUUGCCCUAUAUACUGUGAAUUUUGUGAGGUAUCAUUUAAAUGUAAAACUUGUUAAAGAGGAUAUUAUUUGUAUAUGGAUAAUACAUGCAUUGGAAGUUGUUCACAACCAUAUUAAAAAUUAAAUGGUUCUUAUUGUUUAAAUUUUUAAAAAGAAACACCUUGUAUCACUUUUUUUAUAAAUUUAGACUCUGAAUAUUUAAGUGAAGACUUUAUAAAUUUUGCACAUGAUCCUGAAUAAUAUCAAGAAUAUAAACUUAUCUCUUAAAAUGGAACAAAUUUUUUAAAAGGAUUAGAUAUAUUUUAUUCAAAUUUAUAUUGGGCUAAUCUCCUUUAAAAAAGAAUUUUUGGAGGUCCUCUUAUCUGGGCUCAAGCUAAAUUUUAAAGAACUCAUAAUGUAGAUGACCCACAUCAUAGUAUCACUAUAGCAUUCUAUAUCCUUUUUGGACCAGAAUUUCCUUCAGAUGGCUAGUUUAUAUAUACAAUUGAAAAUAAUCCAUCUGUCUCUUUAUCAACAUAAAAUUUUAAUAAUUCAUAUUCUAAUGGAGUAAAAUGGGGUAAAGUAUAUGAAAGAAUAAAUCAUAAUACAAGUACAUUAAUAAUAAAUUGGGAAUGCUUUGGACCUAAUAAUGAACCAGUUAAAGCUUAUUGCGGGUUUUACAAUUAUUAUAUAGUUGUUCACAAAUGCUAACCUUACUGUUUAGAAUGCUCAAAUGAAACUACAUGCUUAUAAUGGAACAGUGAUUAUGAUGAAAAUAUUGUUAAAUUCUCAUAAGAAGAGUGUUAAAAUAAUUAUUAUUUUGAUAAAGAUUCCUAUAGAUGUUUGAAUUGUCCAUAAUCUUGUUUAACAUGUACAUCUAAAAUAGAUUGUUAAACAUGCUAAUCUACUUAUAUUUAAACUAAAUUAGGUUGUGUUUGCAAAUUGAAUCAAUAUGAAGAUUCAAAUCAAUGUUUUGAUUGCCCUAUUGAAUGUAACUAAUGCUUAAGUUCAACUAAUUGUAUAGAGUGUUUAAUUACAAAUAAUAGACAACUAAAAAAUCAAUAAUGUGUUUGUAUUGAUGGAUACUAUCCAGUUUAAUCGAAUCCUUAAUGUAAAAAAUGUCAUUUAUUUUGUAAAACUUGCAAAGGACCAACUUCUGAUGAUUGCUUAACUUGCAAUAAUAUUGUUAAUAUUGAAAAUGUUGGAACAAUAUGUAGAUGCUAACCAGGAUCAUUUUAUUAGGCAUAAAUUAAUUCAUGCUCAUAAUGCCAUUCAUCUUGUAAAACCUGUUUUCAAGGUACAGACAAUAGCUGUAUAACAUGUGAUAGUACUUUAAAUAGAAUAUUAAAAGGAUUAAAAUGUUCAUGUGCACCUGGUUAUCAUGAAUUAAAUAGUAUGUGUACUAGUAUUUAAAUAAUUAUUAAUUUUAGAUUGCCCAGACUUAGAAGAUGUUUUGUUACCAUCAUGUUACAAAUUGUGUAUUAAUAAUCAAUAUUUAUGGCAUACAAAUGUAUGUAAUUCUUGCAACACUGGAUUUGAAUUAAUUUCUGGAGAAUGUCAACCUAUUUGUGGAGAUUUAUAAAUAUUGGGUUAUGAAUAAUGCGAAGAUAAUAAUACUAUUCUAGACGAUUUAUGUUAUAAUUGUUAAUUUUAAUGCCCCAUCCAUUGUUUAACUUGUGAUGAAUCAACCCAUAUACCAUGUCCUGAUGUUUGUGGAGAUGGCUUGAUCACUGGAAUGGAGGAAUGUGAAGAUGGUAACAAUAUUGAAUAUGAUGGAUGUUUUGAUUGUAAAUAUUAAUGUUAACCUCAAUGUACAAAAUGCAUUAAAGGAGAGUGUUUUGAAUGUAAUACUGGUGGGUGGUAAGUUGAUACAGCAGUUCAACCGUGGAUUUGUUAAGAAAGAUGCGGAGAUUAGAUAGUAGUUGGAUCAGAAUAAUGUGAUGAUGGUAAUACAUCUGAUACAGAUGGAUGCAAAGAUUGUAAAUAUUUCUGUAGAAUUGGAUGUUCUUCUUGUGAUUAUACGACUAAUACUUGUUUAAGUUGUGAAUUGCCUGGAUUUGUUCCAGAGAAGUAUUAUUGUAGAAAUAUUUGUGGAGAUGGAUUAAUUGUAACAGAUCCAUAUGGGUUCUAUUCAGAAUAAUGUGAAGAUGCAAAUAAAGUCAAUAAUGAUGGAUGCAAUAAUUAAUGUAAAUUUUAAUGUUAACCAUCAUCAAUAUGCAAGAGUUGUAUUGAUAAUAGAUGUGAAGAAUGUGCCUAAGGAUAUCUGCUAUCUAAUUAAAAAAUAUGUAUUUCAAUUUGUGGAGAUUAAAUAAAAGUGCCGGAUGAAUAAUGUGAGGAUGGAUUAAUAUUACCCUAUAAAGGCUGUUAAAAUUGCAAGGCAAAAUGUUAAUCCUCUUGCAUUAAUUGUGAUAAUAAGGGUCUGGGUUGCUUGGAUUGUAAAACAGGUUACUAAACAAUUGAUAAUUAAUGUUAUUCAAUUUGUGGAGACUAAAUAAUAACUGAGGAUGAAGAGUGUGAUGAUGGGAACCUAAUAUUUGGAGAUGGUUGUCAUUAAUGUUCUUUUAGUUGCCCUAUUUCAUGUUCAAAUUGUUAUAAGGGUGUUUGUCAUGAUUGUCAAGAAGGUUAUUAGUUUUUUAAGUAUGCCUGCUUUGAAAUUUAUGAUUCAUAUCGUGAUCCAAGAUGUAAUUCUGAAUGUUUGAACUGUAGUAAACCAUCUUCUUUGUUCAAUGAUAAUACAAGCUAGGGUUGUUAAGUAUGUAAAAAUGGAUUUUUAAAUAUUAAAAAUACAUGCUAUCCUAUUUGUGGAGAUAAAUUAAUUGUUGCUGAUGAAGAAUGUGAUGAUGGUAAUUUAAUAUUUGAGGAUGGUUGUCAUGCAUGUUCAUAAAUAUGUCCUAGCACUUGUUAAAAAUGUUUAGAGGGAUUUUGUCAAAGCUGCCUAGAAGAUCAAUUUUUAUAUAAGAAUUAAUGUUUUAACUUACAAGAAAAUCCUAAUCUAAAGGAAUCCACUAAUUUUUAAUUUUCAGCUUUAAAAAUAACUUAAUCCUUUAAAGCUAUAUCUGUUGAAACUAGUUAAAUUCAAAUCAAAAUCUUUGAGUUUCAUUAAUAAGUUUAUGAUCAAGUUGGGUAUAAGGUAGAAGUUAUAGAUGAAAGUUUCUAGUAUGUAAGCAUUGAAAUCAAUAUCCAAUGCUAAAAGAAUAAAAAAGUUAGGAGCCAGUUUAUUAAUUCUAAUUAUAAGAAAGGAAAUCUAAAUCGAGAAAAAAUAAUAUUUUAUUAAUGUCAUCAAAGAGUUGAUCAUUUAAUAGUAUAUUCUUUUAAGUUAAAUAAAAUAGUGUUGAAAGAUGAAAUAAUUCUAAUACAAAUUUUUAAAGACGAGUUGAAAUUAUCUGCUUUAUUUGAACAGUCUCCAUUAAAGCUGUUAUAGAUCAGAUUUGUUGAUGUUUGA